UACUGCAGCGCUAACUGUGUCCGAGGACUGCCCCCACAGCCGCCACAAACACCUCUCUUUAAGAUCGUAACACUUCCGGCCACUAAACCUAAGAUUAUCUCCAAAACCAAUGUCAAUGUCACCCCAAACCAAGUGCUGACGCCGGCGCCCAUCCACGCGCUCAGCGGUUCCCAACAAAUGCCGGCGCAGAUGAAGAAGAAGCCGCAGCCAAUCAAAGUGACGCAAAGCAACAUAAGUUCGGCCAAAAAGUCGCCCAAGAAUGUGACGAAAGCGGGCGGACACUACUGUUUCGAUUGGAUAUCCAUUGUGGCGGACAGUUCCAUGAGAGGGGCGCCCAUCAGUUCCUUCCCUCACGCGCCUAUGUCUGACACUUGGGAAUCGCUCGUCACUAUUGGCCUCAAACUGGAGGUCAAGAACAGAGACUUCCCCUCUUCUAAACCCAAUCAGGAGUUCCAUUGGAUCGCAAGUGUCGUAAAGAUCGCAGGAUAUAUGGUUCAGUUGAGGUACGAGGGCUUUGGCAGUGACUCGAGCAAAGACUUCUGGAUCAACAUAUUCACGACU